GCUUCCUGGACCUCCAGCAAUAGCCAGGCUGUGGCAUUUCCUGCUGCUUUCACUAUCCACACCACGACAACCACGACGACAUCUGCCACGAUGACCACUGUCACACCAACGACGUCUGGGACAGCUACGACCACGUCCUCCACUACGGUGGCCACUGUCACCGCAACGACCACAUCAGGGAGCACGACAUCUUCGACCACAGCUGCAACUACGUCUGCAACGACCACGUCGGGAACAGCUAUACAAACCACAACCACCGCGACAUCCUCAACCACAAUCACAUUUGCGACUGCAACGACCACAUCGGGCACAGCUGACGCCUCCAUCCAAACUACGACCACCACAUCCUCGACCACAGAGACGAGUGCCUCUGCAACGACCACGUCGGGGACAGCUGGCGCUGCCACCCAAACCACGACCACCGCGAUGUCCUGGACCACAAGCACGACAACUGUAACGACCAAAACGGGGACGGCUGAUGACGCCACCCACACCACGACCACCACAACAUCCUUGACCAGGAUGUCAGCCACCAUCACGGCUGCUACUGCAACGACCACAUCGGGGACAGCUGAUCUUGUCAUCCAAAACACGACCACUACCACAUCAUCUUCGAUCACAAGGACCACGGCCACUGCAACAACCACAUCGUGGACCGCUGAUUUAGUCGUGCAAGCCACGAGCUCCACCACUGCAACUAGCUCCGUCACAGACCUGACGCGCCAAAGCUUUGCUGUUUCCUUGGCUUCGGCUCGGCGUCUGAGGUGGCUGCUGUGUGUAACCACGCUGCUGGCAGCGCGCCGCUGA